AUGUCGAAAAACAGAACUAAACUGCGCGGCCUACAGAAAGUGAAUGAAUGUGUUGUGGGGAAAACAGCUCAUGAGUCGGAAGAAAAAGCUGCAACAAGUCGGGGAAAUGAGAGUGAGCAGCUGGAGUCAAAUAUGUCGCCGGAAAACCUGGAAUUUCUGGAAUUUCUGGACGACCUGGAAGUUCCAGUUCCGGAGGAAAACACAGCAAGUUCAGUGCGAGAGAAAAAGCCCCUGCCGCGGGCACCUAAAACUAAUUCAACUUCUAAUUCCAACACCAAUCAAGAGGCUGUGGAAAAUCAUCGGAGGAUCUACCGCCAACUGGGCAUUCGCAUCCCAGAAUCGCCGCCGGAACACCCUUUAAUGGGUUAUCGCUUUGUUCUUAAGCUUUUCCUAGCCACUUCCAGUGACUCUGUGGAUUUCCUCAAUUGGUCUGCUAAUGGUCGCGAACUGGAGUUGCAUUAUCAGGGCCUUCAGGAGCAUUUGUCCAGCGGUCGCUCUAUUUUCCACUGCCGGAAUACCUUGCAAUUCACGGAUCUCCUGCUAUCCCAUGGAUUCGAGCGUGUUUGGCCGCGGGAGGAGUCUGAUCCUCCGGUUAAUGAGGCAUCCAGGAUCCUGCUGAUCUAUCAGAACCCCAAUUUUGCUGUAGGCCAGUUGGAGAAGUUGCAAUCGCUGGUUGAGGAGAGCCAGAAGAAUGGGGCGGAGGCGGAUCCGGAUCCGGAAAAGAAGACGGAGGUUCGACUCCCACCUCUGCACCUGCCCAAUGCCGCUCACAUUGCCAGAAUGAUCCGGCGCGGAGAUCUCUGCUCCACUUCCUACACCUGUCGCUCUCCUCUGCAGGUGGCCCGAUGUCAGUUUCAAACCCUGCUCGGCUAUCAAGCGGACAUGGGGGUCCUCAAGGAGCGCAAUAGCCACGAUCUCUUUAACAAACAGAUUAUGGCGCAAUUGAAUGUGAAACGGGGUCGCAGUGCCAUCAAUAAUGCCCUGAUGGACUUGGCUCCCAGUAAAGGUUCCUUGGCCAAAUUCGUUAAGCCCCACGAAUCGGUCAUCAAUAUAGGAAUCGGACAGGCGCCCGAUUAUGCCGGUUACUAUGGCAAGGUGGAGCUAUCAAAGGUCAACGAAUUCUUCUCGGAAUAUCUGCCCCGUUAUGGCAGUAAAAUCACCGGCUACAAGGAUAUAGUAAUGGAUGCCACCAACAAGUCUAUUGGCUUCCAACAGAAUCUGCCCAUUGGCAUGGAUUAUUCGGAUGAUGAAGACGAUCCCCUCGCACCGAUUUCCUCGGGUCUGGAAAUGGAUUUCCUACCCUCCACCUCGGCAGCGGGAAAGUUGAAAUCUUCUGGACGCAAGGCAGUGGAGGAUUUGGACCUGGAGCAGGCCAUGCAGGAGUUAUGUGGCGGUUCGAAUCCCAAUCCGGAGGAUGAGGUGCCACAAACCAGCAGUUCCAGCAGCAGCAGUAAGUUGAAAGCGAAACCGAAGCCUAAACCAAAGGCUAAGCCACCAAAAAGGUUGGCCAAAUUCCUGGAGUCCAGCUCCAGUGAAAACGAGGACUCAGAGGUCCUUGAAGAAACCAAGUCCAAAAAACCAAAGAAUAUCAAAUUGAAGGCAGAGGAAGAGAAAAUCUCCUUUGUUGUGGAAAUCGAAGUGCAUUCCGAUACGCAAGAGAACGAGGAAACAAUCGUCAAAAAGGAGAAGGAUCAGGAAUACGAGGACGACGACGAAGAUGAGGACGAUUUGGAGGAGGAAGACGAUGACGAUUACGUUGACAAAAAUGUCCAGUACCGGAACGCUCCAGAGCCACCAAAAAGACGACGCUAUGAUCUUCGCAAACCCAAACGAAAACCUCUUUAA